AUGACCCUCACUUUGCAGACUCCUGUCCUGGGCACCCUGAGGCUCAUCCAGGCAGCCCCAAGCCCCUUCACCAGGACGCGAGACAGCAGGAACUAAGCCAUGACCUCUGGGUCAUGCCUGAGUGCUAGCACAAUGGCUGUCCCCACCAUGACUGGUAGCAGUGCGACCGCGAGUGCCUACAACUGCAGCAGCACCACUGCCCGCCCAGCCAGCUCCACGGAUCCCCAGAUGUGCUUCCCAAAGAAGCAGGACAAAAUGAAGAAGAGGGUCAUCUGGGGCAUCGAGGUGGCUGAGGAGCUGCUGUGGAAAGGCUGGGAGCUAGGGAAGGAGGUCACCAAGAACCUGGCUCUGAAAAAUCUAUCCUUCAAAAUCCAGAAGAUGAAGUACAGGCCCCCCAAGACCAAGUUCUUCUUCACGGUCAUCCCUCAGCCCAUCCUCCUGAGCCCAGGCAUAACCCUCACGCUCCCCAUCGUCUUCCGGCCUCUGGAGGAGAAGGAGUACGAGGACCAGCUGUGGUUUGAGAAAGCGGAGGGAAUGUUCUGUGUGGGCCUGAGGGCCAUCCUGCCUCGCCACCAUCUGAGCUGCCCACCGUCCCUGCAGUUGCCCCUGUGCGCCGUGGGGGACAUGGCCGAGGCCUGGUUCUGCCUGGAUAACGUCGGGGACCUGGCCACCUUCUUCACCUGGGAGUUCUCCAGCCCGUUCCAGAUGCUGCCCACCGAGGGGCUGCUGGAGCCAGGUCAGACUUGCCGGGUCAAGGUGACCUUUCAGCCCCUUAUGGCUGUCAUCUAUGAAGUCCAGGCCACGUGCUGGUAUGGGGAGGGCAGCAAGCAGAAGAGCAGCAUCCAGCUGCAGGCUACAGGCAAAUGCGCCCAGCUGCUGGUGAGCAUAAAGCAUAAGCAACCCGAGGACCAGGAUGUGGAGGGCUUCCAGCGAGUGCUGCACUUCGGCACUGUGGCUGUGGGCUGCAUCGCCGAGAGGCACAUCAGACUGUACAACCCAUCGGUGGUGAGUGCCCCCUUCAGGAUUGAAGUGGCCCCGGACACGCUGACCAAAGACCAGGCCUUCUCAUGCCCCACCACCUGUGGCAUCGUGCCCCCAGGAGAGAAGAGAUGCGUGUCUGUGUUUUUCCAUCCCAAGACCUUGGACGUCAGAACGAUGGACUACUUGUCCAUUCUACCCUCUGGCUGUGCCUCCCAAACUGUGAUCAAAGUCGUUGGUUUCUGUGGAGGUCCUGAAGUGUCCCUGCAGCACUACUGCGUCAAUUUCGGCCGGGUCGACCUCGGAGAGCGCUCGGAGCAGUCCCUGCGGAUUGAGAACAAAUCGGACUGCGUGGCCCACUUCCAGUUUGCCAUCGACUGCCAGGAGAGCGCCUUCAGCAUCAGACCCACCUUCGGGACCCUGGUGGGCAGGGCCCGCCUGACCCUGCUCUGUGCCUUCCAGCCCACUCACCCCACCAUCUACUUCCGGCGGGUGGCCUGUCUCAUCCACCACCAGGACCCCCUGUUCGUGGACCUGCUCGGGACCUGCCACUCGGACAGCACCAAGCCAGCCAUCCUGAGGCCUCAGCACAUCGCCUGGUACCGCACACACCUGGUGCGGGGCCUGACGCUCUACCCACCUGACAUCCUGGGCCUCAUGCUGAAUGACAAGAAGCUGGAGCGGGAUAAGAACGGGGCCCUCAUGAUUCCCACGGAGGACCUGCAGGACACGCCGGCCCUGCAGUACUCCCUCAUCCCCCCCACGACCGAGUACUUCUUCGACGGCACCAGGGACUUGGCCAUCUUCGCCCCACCCGUCAGCAUGGAGCCUUUUGAGGUGGAUUUCGGUGCCUGCCUCGGACCGGAGGAUCCCAACCCCGUUCCGUUGUGCCUGAUGAACCACACCAAGGGCAAGAUCACUGUGAUGUGGACGCACCGGUCUGACUGCCCCUUCUGGGUGACCCCAGAAACCUGCGAUGUGCCCCCACUCAAGUCCACGGCCAUGCGCCUGCACUUCAAGCCGCCUCACCCAAACUGCCUCUACAUGGUAGAGCUCGAAGCCUUUGCUGUCUACAAGGUGCUGCAGAACUUCAGUAGCAUCGAGGAGGACUGCACCGUGUGCCCCUCCUGGUGCCUGACGCUCCGGGCGCGGGGCCACAGCUGCAGUGCGGCCUUGGAGCGCCACAUCCCGCAGUACUGCCUGGACGUGCCCGCGCUCUUCCCCGCAGUGUCUCCCGGUGAGCCCUCCUACCGCAGCCUGCUCCUGACCAACAAGGGCUCCUUGCUGCUGACCUUCAACCUGGCCCCCAGCAGCAGCUCGGAUGUCUCCCUCCUGCCCAGCUCGGGCCUCUUGGCCCCCGGGGCCCAUCAGAUCUUCCUCGUCUGCACCUACCCCAAGGGCACCUCCUGGAAGCAGCACACUUUUUACUUGCAGUUCAAUUUUUGCCCCCAGUAUCUCAAGGAGGUGAGCAUGCAGAGCCGGGAGGAACCACUGCAGCUGAAGAUGGACACCUACAAAAGCAUCUUCUUCAAGCCCACGCGGGUGGGCUGCUCCUCUACCAGCCCCUUCACCUUCCACAACCCCUCGCGGCUGCCCUUGGAGUUUGACUGGCGGGUCUCCCAGCAGUACCGGAAGACGCUGGCCGUCCAGCCCGCCAGGGGGCUCAUCCAACCUAAUGAGAACCUCAUGCUGACGUGGACCUUCAGCCCUCUGGAGGAGACCAAGUACCUGUUCCGAGUAGGGGUGUGGGUCUGGGGAGCCGGCCGGCCCCCCAAAGCCAAGCCUCCCCCCACCACCCACUACAUGAUCCGGCUGGUGGGCAUGGGCAUCACCAGCACCCUCUCUGCGAAGGAGAAGGAGCUGGACUUCGGGAACAUGGUGGUGAAUGGCGAGCAGUCCAGGUUGCUGGCCAUCCUGAACGAGGGCAACUGUAUCCUCCAUUAUCGCCUGUUCCUGGAGCAGUGCAGCCCCGAGGGCGCCAGUGACGAAGCCCCCGCUCUUCGGCUGGACCACACAGAGGGGAGCAUGCCGCCCCGGUCCCAGGGCACCAUCUGCCUGACCGCCUGUCCCAACCGCCGGUCCCAGUACGCCUGGACCAUCAGCUACUCUCUCCUUUCCCACAGAGACAACAAGGCUGGGGAGAAGCAGGAGCUGUGUCACGUCUUCCUCACGGCCGUGUACCCCACGCUCUCCAUCCGGGACGCCUGCUCCAUGGGCAGCGCCGAGGGCAUCGCCCGGAGGCACCUGUGGCGUCUCUUCUCCCUGGACGUGCUCAACAGCUACUUGGAGCGUGACCCCUCCCCCUCCGAGCUCACCUACAAGGUGCCCACGCGGCACAGCACAAGUCAGAUCCCCUCCGUGCACACCCCUCUGAAGCUCGACUUCAAUUUUGGGGCAGCGCCCAUCGACGCCCCACCCUCCGUGGUGCUCCUGGCCCUGAGGAACAGCGGACUGGUGCCCCUGGACUGGGCCUUCCUCUUUCCACGUGACCAGCAGAUCGACCUGGAGCUGUGGGCAGAGCAGGCAGACUUCGACAGCACGGAGCUGCACCAAAUGCGCGUGCAGGACAAUUGCGUGUUCUCCGUCAGCCCCAAGGCUGGGAGCCUGAGUCCUGGGCAGGAGCAGGUGGUGGAGUUCAAAUACAGCCACCUGUUCAUUGGCACCGAUCACCUCCCAGUGCUCUUCAAAGUGUCCCAUGGCCGGGAGAUCCUGCUCCAUUUCAUAGGCGUGACGGUGCAGCUGGAUCAGAAGUACGUGCACUUCACCUCCACCAGCCACCAGUUCAUCCCGGUCUCGAUCGGCGACGCACGGCCCCCGCAGCAGAUCUAUGAGCUGUACAAUGGCGGCUCGGUGCCCGUGACCUACGAGAUCCAGACCGACAUCCUGUCACAGGUGCAGGAAAAAAAUUUUGAUCACCCCAUCUUCUGCUGCCUGAACCCCCGAGGGGAGAUCCAGCCAGGCACAACGGCCCGGGUCCUGUGGAUCUUCUCCCCCAUCGAGGCCAGGAGCUACACGGUGGACGUGCCCAUACACAUCCUGGGAUGGAACUUGGCCGUCGUCCAGUUCCAGGGAGUGGGCUAUGACCCGCAUGCCAUGGGGGACACGGUCCCUUUCUACAAAAUCUCCUCAUGGGACAACAGCUCCAUACACUCACGGAUGAUGGUUCCUGGACAGAACGUCUCCCUGUCCGAGUCUCACAUCUCCCUGGGGAACAUUCCUGUGCAGAGCAAGUGCAGCCGCCUGCUGUUCCUCAACAACACGUCCGAGAAGAAGACGAUCGUCUUCGUCUGGCAGCCGAAGCCUCUAGACUUCGGGGAGGUGUCUGUGAGCCCCAUGAAAGGGAAGGCCGCCCCAGGAGAGGGGGUCCCAUUUGUGGUGACUCUGAAGGCCUCCGUGCAUGCCAGUUUCUACAGCAUGGACCUUGUAUGCAAGGUGUACCACCAGGAACUCCUGAGGAAGUACUACAAGGAGCUGCAGGAGUGGAAGGAAGAGAAGGUGCGGCAGGAAGUGGAGUUCACUAUCACAGACAGGAAAGUGAAGAGCAGAGCAUGUUGUACAGCCUGCGAACCUAUGAGGAGGUACAAGACGCUGCCCCCUAUCAAGAAACAGCAGGCUCUCAACCAGCCCACCAGCUGGAAUCUUAAGAUCCCAAAGGAGGAGACAUCGUGGCCAUGCCCCCAGCUGCCCACGCCGGGCAUGCUCUACUUGGGCCUCACCGCACGCGCCCACGCCAUUGACUACUUCCUGGCCAACUUCUUCUCCGACUUUCCCCGACACUUCUUGCACUGGGAGCGGCCAAAGAGGAAGAACGUCAGGGAAGAGCCAGACGCCUCUGAGAAAGAACCCCCUGACAACUGGGGCCCCGUCUCGCAGCAGAAGAAGCAGCUUCUGGUUGACUGUCUCACGGCCAUCAUCAGGGGCCUGCUGGAAGACAAGACCUUCCACGAGGCCGUGGGCCAAAGCCUGGUGGAGCAGAUCCCUUACUUUUGCCAGUUCUGGAAUGAGCAGUCAGCCAGGCCCAUGGCCCUGAACAGAAGCCUGCACAUAGCCCCAGACCUGUUUCUGUCCUUCGACAGCUGGGAGGGCAGGGGAGACAGGGAGCAGCAGGAGGACAGGCGGAGGCUGCGGAGGCAAGAAGGGGAGGAAGAGAGAGAGAGGGACGAAGAGGAAGAGGAGGAGGUGGAAGAGGAAGAGGAGGAGGAAGAGGAGGUGAAUGAGGAGGAGGAGGCAGGCAAGGAGGAGCUGCAGGAGAAGGAGGAGGAGGAGGAGGAGAUGGAAGAGAGGAAGGAGAAGCUGGUCUGGACACACAUGGAGUCCACGCCGCAGCCUCUGCCCCAGGAGCCCCUGAACUGGCGGUGGCAGCAGCAGCUGAAGGCCAUCAUGAAGGAGGAGCAGGAGAAGGAUGAGAAGGAGGCCAUUAGCCGGCUCCUGGCUUUCGCCAGCCUGCAGGAGGCGCUGCUGGAGAACAUGAUCCAGAACAUCCUGGUGGAGGCGAGCCGAGGGGAGGUGGUGCUCACGUCGCGGCCGCGCGUCAUCACCCUGCCUCCCUUCAGCAGUUCCAGGAUUGCGACCCCAGACCUGCUGCCCACACCUCCCGUCCAGCCACAGCAAGCAGUGGCGCUGUGGCUGGUGGCACCGCCCCCUACCGGCUCUAUGAGGACGUCCUGCCGGGUCUCCUCUCCACCGUCCCACCAGUAA